GUUAGACGCAGAGUUUCGAGAAAAUCAAUACUCGAAGGUCAGCAUGUGUUUCCGCACGUCGUACGCACCCUGAGAGGCUGAAUUCGUGGCGAACGCGAGUCUUUGUUGUCCGGUGCAACAAGCAAGUGUUGUUAAAAUGGCGGAAGGUACAUAUGAGUACGAGUGUAUGCGCGCGGAGCUCCUGGGCGUCGGCAAACCCGACUACGAGGAGUUUUUACAACGCAAACGCGAAGCUGAGGAGAAUCGAAGGUUAGCGGCGGAGGUUGAGGAGGAAGCUGUGGAGGCAACCAAUUUAGAAAUGGCUGAAGGUCAGGGAGAGACCUUGAAAUCCACCGGCGGGAAGCUAGAUGAACUUAAUAGUAUCCUAGCAUCAACGCAGAAACGCCUUGACAGAUUCAAAGUGCGUUGUGGUUCUGUAACAGAAUUGAUCAAAACAAAAAUCGGUGGGUCUAUCUCCGGUGAAGCUUCGGUUGGUGAAGAUGCAGCGGCUUCUGCUACUCCUGCUGCACCCAAUACAGAAUUAGCUAGUGAUGCGUCAGCUGUCAUUCCGCCUGCGGGUGAACGACGUUCUGAGCUUGCGCGCGCCAUGGACAAUCACGUUGACAAAUUGGAUUCGUUGAUUAACAAAGCUGAGCGCGCCGAAAUGGCGCUUAACAAUCAGAAUAAGCAGAUUAAAUCGUUUCUUAAAUAAUUUCGUCACUUUUCCGAGCAAGAUUUUGACUUUAUAUUCUAAAAUUCUAAGCAAACAGACGACAUAAUCAUGCAUAUACACACCUACGAUACACCAAAACUAUUUUCGUGAGGAUUUAAGCUGAGUGCUUCCAUUAUGUGUACUACAUUAUUAUGAAAUUCGAUUCGAUUGUUUAUUGUUUGCGUAUUGCAACUUGUUGAUCACUUAAAUGUCUAUGAAUAUUGUAUAGGGAUUGGUUGGUUGCAUAUGUUACACUUUUAUGAAACUACACAACAUGGCGGCGGACUAUGACUACGUAAGUAAGGUUUAAAUCGAGAUUAUUCGGAAACCAAGCGAGGUGGGCUAAUAAUUUCUUCACUAGUUUGUUUAAUAUUUAAUUCUGCGUCUAAUUAUGUUUAAAUUUAAUGUUUUUCGGGUUUAUUUUAAAAGUUAUAAGCAAUUUUACUUGAAAUUCUUUUUUUGUUUAUAACUUUUUAUUUAAACAUUUAAUUAAUGUACUUUUUCUACUAUGUUGUGCAGAAUUUAAUUCCGCGUCGAGUGUUGAAGAAAUUAUUAGUCUACCACUAAUAGUUUUUGAGUAAUUAAUUAAAAACAAGUAAAAAACUUGUUUUAAGUUGGUUUUGAGAGGGAUAUUUCCACAAAUUCAUCAUAGAGUGACUAAUUAUUAUAAAAAAAAUGUUGUAACGCAUGACAAUAUUCAAAAAAUAUGAAAAGCGGUUGUAUAAUGAUACAUAUAAACAAAUUAAUUUAAACAA